AUGAUGUGGAUGCACGUUGAAGAUUCCAACAAUCAGAUGCCAGAGUCCGAAUGGCAAGCUGCGCCCAUGACGUGGAUGCAGGAUGAAGAUUCCAACAAUCAGAUGCCAGAGUCCGAAUGGCAAGCUACGCCCAUGAUGUGCUUGCUGGUGGAUUGUGGGCUGAUGGAGAAGCAGAACAUGAGGGGUGGAUUGAGACCGAGGCGAGCCAGAGGACAGCAGCUUUUAGUUGAUGAAGCAGUAGAGAUUCUGAACUCGAAGGCAUCUGCUUUGGCGGAAGACGGAACCUUGCCGGUAGCCGUUUUGUUUGAGAAGAGCAAUUGGUUGAAGAUGAGGUUUCGCACACCUGCAGAUUUGGCAAGGGCUUUGAGUCAUUUUGGUCAGACCUUGAUUGUCGACCAACACACGGGCACAGUUCGUUUCUGCACUUUUUUUGAACGUCUCGUGGGUUUGUGCGAGAUGCUCUUGAGAGAGCAAAACGGUUCCGUGCUCACUUUGGCGAUGGCUGUCAACGUGCCCGCAAUGCAGUCGCUAUUUGCUCAAGAGCAAGAGAAGUCAGACAAGGAUUUGGAACAAAAAUCUGAGCAGGUCGAGACGUUGCGAUUGGCUUUGGAAUACGCUGAGAUUCUUCAGGUGAUGCCCAGUGAUGAAGGCAGAGAUUUUGACUUCAUCGACUGGCGGUCACCCGCUGAAAUUCUGCUUGGGCCCGCAGAGACGGUGCUCUCAAGUCGCUCGGAGGCUUCAAGUGUUGUGGAGGCAGAGGGCGAGGUGUCGCUGGCCCUGCUUUUGGAGGAUCCUGUCAUUUGUCGAAUGCUGGAACGCGCUGGCAUCAAUUCCAGCCAGGCCCUUGCCGGCUUGCAAAGCGCCCUGCAGAUUUCCCACGACUUCGAACUGGAUUCUGCCGGCUUGAGCUGCCGGCGCAAAGGACAGGAGCCAGAGGAGCCAGGCAGGUCGGCCCCUGCCCAGCAGGAGGAAGACGCUGAGGCACCGCGGGGCUAUCAUAGGCGUCGUGCAGGAGUGAUACCGUCUGACAAGGAUGCCGUGGAAUUGCGCAAGCUCCUUCAGCAUUAUUUUCAACCUUUCAAUCUACAGCACAAUCGGGUGUUGAUGAUGAUGCUGCAGGCUUCCAUUCGAAGAUCUCACGGACAAUACGCCGGCUCUGAGUGGAAGCCAUACUUCACCAUCAAGGACAUUUGCCUCAUGCCCCGCAUCAAAGAAGUCUUGAACCGGUACUGCUUUGACGGUCAGAAGGGCUUGCUGGCUGCGGCUGUUGACGUUGAGGAUGAGGAGAUGCCAGUUCGCGUGUGCUUCGAGGCAAAGGAUGCGAAAGGCAUGUGCGCUCAAAGGAUGCUUUGGCUGGAACUGCCGUACACACCAAUCUUCCGGUAUUUUCAAACAGCCAGGAGGUGCAAAGAGGUUCAGGUGCUGCUUGAGCCAAAGAUCGAUACGAGGCUAAAGGUGGAGGCACUGAGUCCCAAGUCGUUCUUGGUGAUGUCCUACUCUGUCUCCUCAGACUUGUCGUAUUGCGGUUCACCCAAAGCCGACGAGCUCAUUGAGGCGACGGCCAGAGGAGACUUGGAUCCAAAUGCGCUCUUUUGGGAGACUCGUUUGCAGAAGAUCAAGCGUCAGCUGCUUUGGCACGCAGCAGACAUCAUUUGCGUGCAAGGCAUUCACAGCGUGGGCGAACGCGCACGGUGCAGUGAGACCAACACGCGGUGGUUCAGCUCCUACAGUUACAAUGAUCCUACGGUGAAUCACUUGGCGUCCCUCUACCGUGAGUUGGCAAAGAAGAAUUACGGUGUUGUUUUCAUGCCCACGCUGAAGCAGCCUGGUAGUGCACAGAUUCACUGCGGCAAUGCAGUCUUUUGGAAGCGGACUCGAUGGCAGAUGGAGCGCUACUGGGAUGCUGGCAAAGGUGCACUUUGUGUGGAGCUCACCUCGAAGCUGCAGGGCCCUGACGUCUUGGUCUGCUGCAGCAGGGCGGGCAACGUCUACGCGGAAGAAUGGGGCAAAAACUUCAGCAAUGAAGAAUUGAUAACGCAGCCUGCUGAUUCCAGCGCAACGUGCGUUGCUGCACCACUGUGGCAAGAGAUCGCUGAGGAACAUUUGCUGGUCAUCAACUUGGAGGGUGAAGGGGGCCAAGCCCGAAGAGAUCACAUCUACCGGGAGUUCGAAAAAGUGGGAUUGGAAGGACGUUUUCGCUUCUGGCCUGCCAUCAACUUCAAGAAUAGCACCCGAUUAGCGAAGGAAACCAACCGCAAGGAGUGCCCUUGCGACUCAAAGGUGGGAUGUGCGUUGAGCCACCGAGAAAUCUAUGAAAUGAUGCUUUAUGAGAAAUGGGCUUGCGCCACCAUUUUCGAAGACGACGUAGGCUGGCCACCAACUUCAGUGGUCGGGUAG